GGUGCGGGUGGCGGAGAGCGGCGGGGAUGGACGGCGACGCCAUGGUCGUGCUCGGGCGGCGCCGCGUGGUGGGUGCGGGGAAAAGUGGUGGACCGACGGUGUGGAUGGAAUCCGCUCGCUUCCUCCCGUCGUCUCCGUCCGUGGGGAAGGUGAUGCAAAAUCAACGGUCUUUCGGGGGGUUUUCUGGAAAGUGGGAUAUGACAUGUGGGGCCAGGAGUAGCAGCCGCUUCCUCAGAUCGGACCAUCGAAGCCGUUCGUUUAGAAUCGGAGGGCCAGGGUGCGCCUUCCUGACCACCAAAGUUCGAGCAGAAAUUACUCAACUGCCCCGCGCAUCUGACGGCCCGGCCUCCCAGCUUCGGCGACAGGCGAUCCCCCCGAUGGCCUCCGCCGCCGCCGUGACUCUCCGGCGCGUGGUGCUUGUGUCCGCCGCGCUGCGGCUGGCACUGGUGGUGUUCGGGGAGUGGCAGGAUGCCCACCUCGAGGUGCGCUAUACCGACGUCGACUACCUCGUCUUCUCCGACGCCGCCGCCUCUGUGGCCGCCGGCGGUUCCCCGUUCGCCCGCGCGACCUACCGCUACUCUCCAAUCCUGGCCUUCCUGCUUCUCCCGAACUCACUCCUCCAUGCUGCCUGGGGCAAGCUCCUCUUCUCCGCCGCAGAUUUGCUCGUAGGGUUGUUCAUAGACACCAUUCUGGAACUAAGAGGAAUUCCUGAGAAAAUGCGGAUGUGGUCUGUGGUAGCUUGGCUGUUCAAUCCCUUCACAUUCACUAUUGGUACAAGAGGAAACUGCGAACCAAUAGUCUGCGCAGUCAUGCUCUGGAUUCUCAUAUGUUUGAUGAAGGGUAGAGUAUUGCAGGCAGCUUUCUGGUAUGGGCUUAUUGUGCACUUCAGAAUAUACCCAAUCAUAUACGCGAUUCCUUUUGUAAUAGUUCUUGGCAAGGGCUAUGCUGGUCCUGUUGGUAGGCCUACUCUUACAAUGUGGAGGUCCAAACAACAGUUGCAAAAUGACGAAGUCAGUCAAAUAGAAGAACCAACAUCAUUUGUGGCCACUGUAUGGGGUUUCCUUUCAAACUUCAUAAGCAGAAAUGCAAUCCUGUUUGGAUUACUCUCUGGAUCUGUGUUCUUUGCCUGGACUGGUAUUUUCUUCUAUCUUUAUGGUUGGGACUUCCUAAAUGAAGCAUUACUUUACCAUCUUACUCGUACCGACCCAAGACACAAUUUCUCGAUAUAUUUCUACCACAUAUAUCUACAUCAUCAGCAAGGGUUCUCAAGUAUUCAGAGGCUUGCUUCAUUUCUUCCUCAACUGAUCGUGCAACUGGCACUCAUUCUACGCUUCUCUAGGGAUCUUCCAUUCUGCAUGUUUCUCCAAACGGUUGCAUUUGUUGCUUUUAACAAGGUGAUGACGGCACAAUACUUCGUGUGGUUCUUCUGCCUGUUGCCCCUCAUUCUCCCUUGGAGCAGCAUGAAACUUAAGUGGAAGGGUCUGGCUUGUACGGUAGUGUGGAUGGGGUCCCAGCUGCAUUGGCUCAUGUGGGCUUACCUGCUGGAAUUCAAGGGCAGAAACGUUUUUGUGCAGCUCUGGGUUGCAGGCCUCAUGUUUCUGGCUGCGAACACCUUUAUUAUGCUCAUGGUGAUGAAGCACCACAACUACACUCAGCUCUUCUCAUUGCCGGUGAAGUCUGGCAACAAGGUUGCUACCAAGAAGGAAGAAUAGCAGCGGUUGCCGGUUGGGCUCCAUCCAUUUUGCCAACUUAUGUAUGAUUAGAACACGGAUCAUGUUUGUUUCUCUUUUUUUUUGUGUUUCUGUAUCAGAUCAUAUGUGACUUGAAUGCAUCAUUAUAGUUUUGCCCGUAGAUAAUGUGGUGACAUUACAUGAGAAUUAUAUUUUGAUUAUCAGAAUUUGCAGCUGGUUGAGAUUA